GAUCUGGAAGGAAUGAUGACCGAGGAAGGAUGUGCACCAGCGGCCAGAUUAUUGGGAGCCUCUUGGUGCUCUCUGUGCUGGAGAUAGGGCUGGGGGUGUCCAGCGUGGCCGUGGGGGCGGUCAGCUUCAGCCUGGCCCUCCGACAGCACAAGCCGCAGCUCGGAGACUCGUCCCCGGUAUGGAGCGGGGUGUGUUUUCUUCUUUGUGGCAUAUGUGGAAUAUUGUGCGCCAAAAAAAAAUCUGGACUUGUCAUGAUCCUUUUUUCUGCCUGCUGCAUCUGUGGACUCAUUGGGGGCAUCCUGAACUUUCAGUUCCUUCGGGCAGUGACGAGGAAGACCUCUUCCCUCUACCCUCUGCAUCUCGCCUCCAUGUCUCUCGCGUGCAUUGGGAUCGGUGGCUGCACCCUGUCUUCCUGGCUCACCUGCCGACUGGCCAGCUACGAGCAGAGGAGGAUGUUCUCCGAAAGGGAGCAUUCGCUGCACCACUCUCACGAAAUGGCCGAGAAAGAAAUGACAGACAACAUGAGCAAUGGAGGACCACAACUGAUAUUUAAUGGAAGAGUAUAAUCAAUGUUUGAAAGAACUGAACAUUUUUUAGGAUUUUCAUGAGGAAAGGAAAUACCAAAGGACUAGGAGAUAAAAUUAAAACAGUUCUUGGCAUUUGUUGUUA